UUGGGCCCAGAUAGUAACACAUACGUGUGGGUACCCAGUAUACGCUAGCAAAAUCACGAAUAUAAUAAUAACAAACAUAAAAAGAUUUACUAAAAACUUUUGCGGAAGUGCAGUGCUUUCGAAACGUGUCAAGUUGAAGUAAUUUAAUGAAAAUGCAGUGGAUAUUUUAGUGUAAUCUAAAAUUUCCAUUAAAAUAACCUCAAUUUUUGUCUUGUAGAGAGACAGGUAUGGAACAGCUACGAAUAAAAUGUUCUGUUUGUGAUAAGUUCCUUGCUAAGAGAAAAUGUCUAUACGCUCAUUUACGUAAUGUUCAUAAAGUCGAGCCGUUACCACCGGCGAAACCAAGAUUGAUAGAGCCAAAAUGGGAUUGUGGAAGUUGUGGUAAAAAGUUCUUGUAUGAAUCGUCUAUGAAGAGACAUGUAAAAAAUAUUCACGAAACUGGUGAUAACGGUUCUCGUGUAGCAUCAAAUAGAGGAACUAGAAGAUCAAGAAGACCACCGACUAAACGAAUGAGACUUAUUUGUCCUCAAGAUAAUUGCGGCGAGAAAUUCCCAACGUCCGCAAAUUUGCGUCAGCAUUUAGUUGGCCAUCACAAUGUCAAAAUCGAAUUUGAAGAUUUGACUUUCAGUUCUACUGCAGAUUUUGAGCAAUGGAAGAAGCAAGUUGAAGACGAGACACAAUCUCAAUACUCGAUGGAUUCGGGAGCGAGACCAUUGUUAAAUGGAACAAGUAAGAAAACGUACAAUUGCAACCGAUCAUUCACUUGCAAAAGCAAAGGUAUAGUAACCAGCAAAAUGGGUAGAGCUUGCCCAGCGAGGAUGGAACUGACUUUUCAAAACGACAUGGGAUCCACAAUAUCGGUAAAAUUUUGGAAGACACAUUGUGGCCAUACAGAGGGGAUUGGACAAGUAAAUUGUAAAGAACUCGGUGACGGUAGGAUUGAAUGUAAAAUAUGCAAGUCGAUUUUCUUCAUGCGAGACGAUUUUGAAGGCCACCUUUGUAACGGAAAAGCAAAAGAAGCUAAGAAAGUACCAUGUCCAACUUGUCAGAAACCGUUCUCUUCGGCGUUUAAUUUGAAACGACACUUACAUUCCCAUGCAAAGGAGAAACCUUUUAAAUGUCAUCUUUGUGAGAAGCAGUUUCCUCUAAACUAUGAAUUAAAUAGACAUUUCCUAACACGUCACACAAACGAUACCCCGCUUAAGUGCAAAUUGUGCUCUAGGUCAUUUUUACGGGCUGAUAUUCUCGAAGAACAUAUGAAAACGUGCCGAAAACCGUUCAAAUGUGACCAAUGUGGUAAAACGUUCACACGAAAAUAUUCCGUCUUCGUCCAUUAUUGGUGUGUUCAUAAAGAUGGUGCAAGGAUUUCAGAAAAAUGUCACGUAUGCAACAAGCUGUUCAAGCACAAGAUUCAAUUGGUAGAACAUAUGAAAUCGCACCAUAAUGUUGAAUGGGGUGACAGUCAUGUAGAAGUUGCAGAAACCAAAGACACUUAUCAGAAAGCUGGUAAACCUUCAACUACCGCUGAUGAACAGUUAAUAGAAAAUACUGCUCUUAAUAUAAAGAAGGAAGAAAUAUUUACUACAGUUAAUGAACCUAUCUUGAAGUAUGAGGAGAAACCUGUACAACUAAGUGAAAUUAUCUUACUUAAAGAAGAACCCAAAAAGGAGUAUUUCGAAAUCGACGAAAACUCCAAUGAAGCUUUUGCUUAUCUUAAUACUGAAGUCGAUGAAAACACCAAUUAAGGCCUUUAACGUUAAAUUAGAAUCCAUAGAGUUGUAACAAAUGGAUUAUGAUUAUUUGGUAAUAAAUUUCUUUUAUUGACUAUGUUAUAUUUCUAUGUUAGGUUGUAUAAAAUGCAUUAUUAAAUAUAUAUGAAAAAUAGGUGCAAAAAUAUUGUAUCGAUUUAUUCAAAUUGUUUAAUACAUAUGUACAAAAUUUCUAUUUCGUAUUUGUUCAUAAAUUAACAUGGAUUUUAAUGAUAUGGAGCUAAUAAAUACCAUUCAAAAUUUGUUUAUUUACCUUCGUUUGUUUAUUCGUAAUUCUUUUUUUAUAUGCCAUAGAAGAAGAGAGUUCAUAUUACUCAAGUUAAUUCUGUGGUUGACCGAAGACCAUAUACACACUAUCGUGAGUUUAAAAGCACCUAAUUAUCAAAUUAAAAUAUUCGUAUAAAUAGUUUUAACUGACUAUCAAGUAAAAUGUUGAAACAAUGAAGAGCGUCGAUUCUAGCAAACCUAAUGGCAGAAUUGAAUGUGAAGUCUUCAAGAGGAUUUCCAUUAUGCAAUAUGAAUUCAAAAAACCAUCAUUGCAGUGAAAAAACAAAACCAUACAAAUGUGAAAACUGUGGAAAGCGUUUUAGAAUAAAGUCACUUUUGGGGG